CCCGCCGCUGCCGCCGCCGCCGUCCCCGUCCCCGUCCCACCCGUAGGCGCGCAGCGGCGGGCGGCGGCGGCGGCUGGCGGAGCGGCCGCCCCCAUGUCGGGUCCGCGGGGCGCCCUGCAAGCCUGGUGCCGCCAGCAGUGCGAGGGCUACCGCGGCGUGGAGAUCCGCGACCUCAGCGCCUCCUUCCGCGACGGCCUGGCCUUCUGCGCCAUCCUCCACCGGCACCGGCCCGACCUGCUAGACUUUGAUUCUCUCUCCAAGGAUGAUGUCUAUGAGAACAACCGCUUGGCCUUUGAAUUGGCAGAGCGGGAGCUGGGCAUCCCAGCCCUCCUAGAUCCCAGUGACAUGGUCUCCAUGAAAGUCCCCGACUGCCUCAGCAUCAUGACUUACGUUUCUCAGUAUUACAACCAUUUCAACAACCCCAGCCAAGCCAGAGUCCCUCCGCCUAUGAAGUGCCCAGCUGCUGCCGUGUCGCCUCCUCUACUGUCCCACAAGAAGCCUGUGACUGCGGUCGAGAGUCCCCCACCACCACAGGACGAUGCCACCUCGGACCCAGCGGAGCGGUCUCAGCGCACCACACUCAGCAGUACCUGCACAGCCUGCCAGCAGCACGUCCAUCUGGUCCAGCGCUACCUGGCAGAGGGCAAGCUCUACCACCGCCAGUGCUUCAGGUGUAAGGAGUGCUCCAGCACACUGCUCCCAGGGUCAUACAAGCCUGGGCCGGAGGCGGGGACUUUUGUGUGCAUGCAGCAUCGUGGUAAAUUGGCUGUGAGUGGGAAGACAGAUGGAAGGCCCAGUCCAGACCGGCAGUCGCCAGAGCUAAGAACUGAAUUUGGGGCUGGCAGCGUGGGUGAGGACGCAAUCCCCAUAGGAGCGGAGGUGGGGAAGGACAACAGUGACUCCGCAGAAAACACUGCAGAGACCCAGGUGGCUGCAGAGGGGGAGGCAGCAGAAAAAGACAGCGCACCCAGCAAAGCAGAGACACCGAUGCCCCCUGCCCACACAGGAAGCGGAACAUCCAUCUCCCAAAUUCCUCCCAGACCUCCUCUUCCCAGCAAGCCCUCAGUGCCCAGCCAGGACAAAGCCAGCUUGCUGGAUGGACGGCUCAAAGACACUCGGCCAACCCCUGCCCCAAGGAGGGCCACAGAUCCGUCAACCAUCUCCCCUCCAACCUCUCAUCCUGUCCCACGGCCCAGAUCCACCAUCCAGAGCGAGGCCAGCGAGUGUGGGCCUGGCAUGGUGAACGGUAGGGUACCUGAACCCAGCCCCCCCGUCCCAAAACCCCGAGGGAGACCCUGCUCCUCUGAUCGCACUGGAGCUGCUGCAAGAGCCAAGGACCCACCAUGGAUGGCCCUAGUGCAAGCAGAGCCCAAGAAGAAGCCAGCUCCCCCUCCUCCCCCUGGCAGCAGCCACGAGACUCCAAGCAGGACUUCAGAGGAGGAGGACGGGGAAGAGGUGAGGAAAGCCAAGAGCGAGGAAAGCAGGUCUGAUGCUGCAGAGCCCAAACCAUACAAUCCCUUUGAAGAGGAGGAUGACGAGGAAGAGGAGAAUGCUGCCACUGAAAAGAGCGCUCCUGAGCAGGAGCAGAGUGAGACUGCUGCCAGGCCCCUCCACCCCUGGUAUGGCAUCACCCCUACCAGCAGCCCAAAGGUGAAGAAGCGACCAGCUCCACGAGCCCCCAGUGCCUCCCCACUAGCCCACCACCCCGUCUCCAGGCUGUCGCACUCCGAGCCAUCAUCCUCCACCCCAUCUCCAGCCCUCAGCCUCGAGAGCAUCAACUCUGAGAGUUCAGCCAAGGUGCUGGGUGACGCUGAUGAGGCCUCAGUGCCCAAAAGCUCCUCCGAGCCCACUGUCCAUACGCCGACGGCUGCCAAGACCUCUAGCACUGAAACCCCACUGGCCAGUGUCUCCUCCAGUGAAAGCCCUGCUGCCCCAGGCACCCUCUCCACCAACUCCUCCUUCUCCUCCUCCAGCGAGCUGACCAGCCUCAGCGGGGAGGCACAGCCCAGCGCCCCACACGCAAACGAGAGUGUCUCUGCUGGCAAUUUAAAGACCAGCCCCAGCCGGCUGCCUCCCAAGCCUCCUGCUGGGGCUAGCCCUACGCCAAUCCUCAUGGCUUCAGAUGGGGGUGCUGCAAGUCCUCAGGCACCCUCCUCACCCAAGCCACAGCUGAAGUCUUCCUGCAAAGAGAAUCCCUUCAACCGGAAGCCAUCACCUGCCACCUCUCCCUCUGCAAAGAAACCUCCCAAGGGCUCCAAGCCAGUGCGUCCUCCUGCACCAGGUCACGGUUUCCCACUGAUCAAACGCAAGGUGCAAACAGAUCAGUACAUCCCUGAGGAAGACAUCUAUGGGGAGAUGGAUGCCAUCGAACACCAGCUGGACCAGCUGGAGCACCGUGGCGUGGCCUUGGAGGAGAAACUUCGCAGUGCCGAGAAUGACAGUCCUGAGGACAGUCUGCUGGUGGACUGGUUCAAACUCAUCCACAAGAAACACAUGCUGGUGCGCCAUGAAUCGGAGCUCAUCUAUAUCUUCAAGCAGCAGAACCUGGAGCAGCGGCAGUCAGAUGUGGAGUAUGAACUGCGUUGCCUCCUGAACAAACCAGAGAAGGACUGGACCGAUGAGGACCGAGUGAGGGAGAAGGUGCUGAUGCAGGAGCUGGUGACCAUCAUCGAGCAGAGGAAUGCCAUCGUGAACUGCCUGGAUGAGGACCGGCAAAGGGAAGAGGAGGAGGAUAAAAUGCUAGAAGCCAUGAUUAAAAAGAAAGAAUUUCACAAGGAGACUGAGACCGAGAGCAAGAAGAAAGGCAAAUUCAAGCCCAUGAAGGUGCUUAAGUUGCUGGGCAACAAGCAUGACUCCAAAAGCAAGUCGCCCAAGGAGAAAAGCUAGAGCAGGGGAAAGCCAGCAGCGGGAGGGAUGUGCUGUCCGACUGCCCUGCGGUCCCUGCAGCUGGCUGGGAGGCCUGCCAGGAGGGGCUUGUGUCCCUCCACUCCUCACAUCUCUCCAGAAGCUAUGCCUCUCUCCCAUCGCUCCCUCCCCAGGCACUGGAGCUGACAUCUCCCUGGGGAGCCGCCAGCCCUCUGCCCGGAGCAGGGGAGUCUGACCACAGUGCUCCCCUUUCUGAGGCUGCAGAGGGGUCCAGCGGAGGAGAGUGACGGUGCUUCUUCCCCUCUGUGAAGCCUUGUUAACAAGGUGGGGAGAAGAUGGGUUAGCUUUUCAGAAAUGUUACUCUGUUGCGUGUUUCUGUUAUUAAUUGAGAGGUAAGCGGAGGAGUUUGGUGUUUGUGGGAAAACUUGCACUAACUGCCCCCCUCCCUUUCCUCUGCUCUAACUGUGACAGUUCCAUGUGCCUCCAACCCCACUAGGAGGGAACUGGGCUGAACUGUCUUUCCCUGCUCUCCUGCUCUUGCCUCUUUCCUGUCCCAAUUUUAACUUUAAGAGAAAAUUCUGGCCUUAGAAGCAGGAUUCUUUGGGUUUUACUGACCUAAACUAAAAUGUUAAAAAAAACACUCCCGCAUCACAAAGUCCUAGAGACAUAGCCAAAAAAAAAAAGUGCCCUAUUUAUUUUGAGAUUUCCCCUCCCACUGAAGAUUUUUCUCCCUCCAGCACCAGAGCUGGGCAGGCUCCAUUACAAGGCUGAGCAGACCCAAGGGGAUAAUGUAUUUCUGCUAGGAUGUAGCCUAUACACCCUACUCAGGACAUCUUACCCCCCCUGCUGCUGCUAAACAGACUGACUCUGCUGCCUUUACAGGGAGGGAGGAACAUUCCUUUUCCAGACAAGGGCAGAAAAGCGCAAGAUUUACUUAGUGCCAGCAAGGGGCAGCUUGUGCCCCUGCUCACCAGUGCCACCCUUGAGCAGCUGGGGAAAGGGGCAUGGGUCACAACUGACCUUUCCCAGCUUUGUCUGUAUAUACUUUAAAGGUGUGCAAAAAGGGUUUGGCUGGUUAUUUUUUACACCUCCUUUACUAGAUGAAUUCAAACCCACCCAAAACUUUUUAAACCCUUAUUUUAUUUGUCGUGUGUGUGUGUGUGUGUGUGUGUACGUUGGAGGAGGGAAUGGGGGAAUGGUAUUCUUCCAGCCAUCCCUUCUUUCUUCUUUUUUUUUUUUUCUUUUUUUUUUUUUUGUUUCCUGCCUUCUCCUCCAAGGCGAGGAGCUAUUUAUUGAGUUGUUCGAUCAGUCUGAAUUAGACACUGAUUUUUAUGGCUGUUUGGUUGGUCAGCUCUUUGUCAUGCCUUCUCAUUAGCAAAUUAGACAUACCAGCCCUGAGCAAAUUGCUGCAGUCCCUUCUAAAAAUCCAACAGGCGUUAUCCAAAACACUCUCCCUUAGAGCAGUGCCUUGCAGCAUGGCUGGUGUAGCAGUCUAGAAAGGGAUCCCCGUUUCCCAAAACCUGAGGGACCUGAGCCUCACCUCAGUCCCAGCAUGGCCCCUAUGGGUGGGAGCUGGCAAGCUCAGCCCCACGCUGGUGAUGCCAUUUCACUUUUGCCAUAUGCCAGCUGGCUGAUCAGAAGCAGUGGUAGGGAAGGAGAGAUCCCAAAGCACAACUCUUCUCCAAGAAGCAAAUUCGCUUCAGAGCCUGCUGUCAUGUCACUGUUGCCAAAGGCCAUCGGGAUUGCUGCAGCCUGAUCCCUCUUGGCCCCGCUCCUGGUCAGAACUUUGAUUUGUAAAUUACACUGUACUAAUUCUGUGAUUUCCAUUCACCUGAGCAGAAAUAAAAGAAACCUUGGAGUUAAAAACUGA